UUGAUCCUUGGAAAGCUUUCAUCRUGGCGUCGAACAUGAGUUUGCCUUCAAGUCUUCCUUUGUUAAUUCUAGAGGACAAAGUUCUUUUACCAGGUUCUUCAAUGAGGAUUGCAGUCAGAGACAGUGCAAGUAUUCGUAUGAUUGACUCAAGACUUUUGAAGAGAGAUUUGCUGAGAAGCGUUCUUGUUGGUGUGGUUCCUCGACGGUCGAACCAAGAGCAUACCAGUGAUUCAUUGGUCAAUGCCAUGGGUACAGCUGCAGUGGUUGUCCAGGUAACUGGUACUAACUGGCCAAAACCAUUAUAUACCUUGUUAGUGACUGGACUAUGCAGGUUCCAAAUUGAUGGAAUUAUCCAGGAUUUACCAUUUGUUGUUGCCAAUAUCAAACAAAUGGAUUCACCAUCCAAGCAAGAAAUGGACAUCAAGAAAAAUGCAGAGUUGACAUCAUUAGCAGUUGAGUUCAGGUUGUUAGCAGAGGAUCUUGUAGAUAUUUUAGAUGGAAAGGCACCAGUCAUCAAUCGUCUCAAGGAAAUGCUAACAGCUCUACCAGACCACAGCCUUCCUGAUACUUUAGCAUCUAUAGUCAAAGCAACAUUUGAUGAGAAACUUGAGGUUCUUAACACAACUGACUUGGUUGAUAGAUUCAAGAAAGCUUUACACCUUCUGAAGAGACAACAAGAGAUUGUAAAGGUUAAUGGUCCCAGCAAGAUUAAUGAACCAUCCAGGAAAUCCAGACAGCUUUCAAAAAAGUUUGGUGGUAGUUCUUUUCCUAUACGAAUCACCAAGGGUGCUGAAAGUACUGAUGAUAAUGAGGAUGAGGAUGACAUUGAAGAACUUGAGCGCAAGCUGAAAGGAGCUGCGUUACCUGAACAUGCUCUCAAGGUUGCUAUGAAGGAAAUCAAGCGAUUGAAGAAAAUGCCUCCACAGUUUCCAGAACAUGCAACAACAAGGAACUAUUUAGAAUGGAUGAUAGACUUGCCAUGGAGCAAAGAAACAAAGGACAAUUUAGACAUUGCCAAGGCUAGACAUGAUUUGGAUCAGGACCACUAUGGCUUAGAGAAAUUAAAGAAAAGAGUCAUUGAAUAUCUUGCUGUGAGAAAACUAAAAAACAGCUUGAAAGGUCCCAUUUUGUGUUUUGUUGGUCCUCCUGGUGUUGGUAAAACAAGUGUUGGUAGAUCCAUUGCUAACACUCUUGGCAGGGAGUUUCACAGGAUCUCACUGGGUGGAAUACAUGAUCAGUCUGAUAUUAGAGGACACAGGAGGACAUAUGUAGGAUCAAUGCCUGGUAGAAUUCUUACAGCUUUGAAAACUGUUGGUGUCAAAAAUCCUGUCAUUCUAUUGGAUGAAAUUGAUAAAUUGAGUAAAAGUCUCCAUGGUGAUCCUGCUGCAGCUCUACUAGAAGUCUUGGAUCCUGAACAAAACUGGACAUUUGUUGAUCACUAUCUUAAUCUUCCUUUUGACUUAUCACAAGUAUUAUUUAUUGCUACUGCCAACACAGUGUCUUCUAUUCCACCUGCACUACUUGACAGGAUGGAGCUUAUUCAAGUCCCAGGUUAUACGCAUGAAGAAAAGCUUGUCAUUGCAACUGGGCAUUUGAUCCCAAAACAACUCACGUCUCACGGUUUAGAGGGCAAAGAUGUAGCGUUCUCACAAGAUGCCAUCAAGACUAUUAUUUCCAGUUAUACACGAGAGGCUGGAGUUCGAUCUCUUGAGAGGAAUCUAGGGGCACUCUGUCGGUCUGUUGCUGUUCAGUUUGCAGAAAAAUCUCCUCUUAAAACAGAAGGAAUAAAGCUAAAGCAAGCCGACAAGCAGGAAGACAAUGGUAAACCAACAAGCAAAACUCAAAAACCAUUUGUGAUUACUAAAGAAUUUGUUGUGGAUGUUUUAGGACCUCCAGUCUUCCAGUCUGAAGUAGCACAACGACUAGCUGUUCCUGGGGUUGCAACAGGAUUGGCAUGGACAGCAAUGGGUGGAGAGAUCAUGUUUGUGGAGGCAACGCGUAUGGGAGGGGAAGGACAGCUGACACUAACAGGACAACUUGGUGACGUCAUGAAGGAGUCUGCUCAAUUAGCACUUAGCUGGCUGAGAAGUCAUGCUGUAGAAUAUAACUUGGCAAGGGAUCAUGAAGUUGAUCUUGUUGGACAGACAGACAUUCAUGUUCACUUUCCUGCUGGUGCUGUUGGUAAAGAUGGUCCAUCAGCAGGACUUGCUAUUGUCCUUGCUCUUGUCUCGCUCUUCAGUGGUCGAUGUAUGAGAUCAGACACAGCCAUGACAGGAGAAAUCACUCUUAGAGGACUUGUUUUACCGGUUGGAGGAAUAAAAGAGAAGAUCUUAUCUGCUCACCGUGCAGGAAUCACUCGUGUUAUUCUACCCAAGAGAAACGAAAAGGAUUUACGAGAUAUUCCUGAAAAUGUUAAGGCCCGUCUUGAAGUYGUUCUUGUGAAUCGCGUAGAGGAAGCCAUACAAGCUGCUUUUGAAGAUGGGAGUCCCUUUGUAAGACUAUCAAACACCAUUGGCAGCAGCAAGCUAUAGAAAUGAAACAAAGAAUAUAAUAUUUGGAAUAUGAGGGGGUGUCACAUGUCAGAAGACUUUGAAAGGAGUUACACUACAAAAAUAUAUUUUACACAGGUUACCAUUGGCACAUAAGAUAACAUGGUCAAUGGUUGCAUGGUCAAUAGGGUAUUUUACUAUAUUAUCUAUCAUAUGAAUAUUGUAAAUAACACUAGAUUGAAUUUGAUUUAUAUAAAAUGAAAUCACUAAA